CCAUUCACGUAAUUUACCAUGCGCUUGAUUAUCAUCCAUGAGAGAUGGGGAUGGUAACAGCUUCGCCUCACUCAGAGAUAGUUUCUCCUCUUCUUCUUCACUUCCACUCGCCGCACACAUCUCCCCUUUCACCCCUCUCAUUUCAUCAACCAGUCUUCUCGCUGCUGCAAAGGAAUCCUCUCCGAAGCUCAGUUUGUAGGACGAAGGAAUUUAGUCCCGCGAUCUCAUAAUCGCGAUUUGAAUAUUGAGAAACAACUGAUGGAUUUGAAGGAAGGGAAUCCCGAAUUGAACAAGAAUCUUUACCCUGCCAUAGAGCCGUAUGGCUCAGGUUUUUUGAAAGUCUCUGAUCUUCACUCCAUUUAUUGGGAGCAGUCUGGGAAUCCCAAUGGGCAUCCUGUUGUUUUUCUUCAUGGAGGUCCGGGAGGUGGAACUUCGCCAAGUAACCGGAGAUUCUUUGAUCCUGACUUCUACCGGAUCGUUCUAUUUGAUCAAAGAGGUGCAGGUAAAAGUACACCUCAUGCUUGCUUGGUGGAGAAUACUACAUGGGACCUUAUCGAGGAUAUUGAAAAACUAAGAGAACACUUGGAAAUUGCAGAAUGGCAGGUAUUUGGUGGAUCGUGGGGGAGCACACUUGCUCUUGCAUAUAGCCAAUCCCAUCCUGACAAGGUUACUGGCUUGGUCCUCAGAGGGAUAUUUUUAUUGAGGAAGAAAGAAAUUGAUUGGUUCUAUGAGGGUGGGGCUGCUGCAAUAUUUCCCGAUGCAUGGGAACCAUUCAGGGAUUUGAUUCCAGAAAAUGAGAGAAAUUGCUUUGUCGAGGCAUAUCACAAGAGGUUAAAUUCAGAUGAUCUUGAAACACAAAAUGCAGCAGCGAGAGCAUGGACUAAAUGGGAAAUGAUGACUGUUCAUCUUCUCCCUAACGAAGAAAACAUAAGGAGAGGAGAUGACGACCAAUUUUCAUUGGCAUUUGCUAGGAUUGAGAAUCACUAUUUUAUCAACAAAGGAUUCUUCCCUACAGAUUCUUUCCUGCUAGAAAAUAUUGAAAAGAUAAAGCACAUCAAAGCUAUAAUUGUUCAGGGUAGAUAUGAUAUUUGUUGUCCAAUGAUGUCAGCUUGGGAUCUUCAUAAAGCUUGGCCUGAGGCAGAACUCACGGUUGUUAGAGAUGCAGGACAUUCGGUAAAUGAACCAGGAAUAACAGCAGAGCUUGUGGCUGCAAAUGAAAAGCUGAAAAACAUUCUGAAAGGUAUAUAGCCAUCCUUGGAAGGGACACAAAAAAUAACAGAACCUGUACCACCUUUUGGGCUUCACUGCCCCGCAACCCCUUCAGACGACGGAUGAUAUUUCGGACUAUGGCCUGAAACUGUCGAAGGGAACUUUACUCUGAUUCGUUCAUGAUUGCCCAUGUUUUCUUUUCUUCCUUAAGACCUUAAUUAAAAUGCUUCAUUCUCUUCAUAGAAAAUGAGGUUGAGAUUCCAUGAACAUGUCACUCGUUGUAUCAUAUUCUCAAGACAGAGAAUCUAUUUCUAAAAGGUCAAGCUAAUAACAGAAUAGCCCCUCUAAAAAAAGAAAGCCCCCCUAAAAAAGUGAGAAUUAGUCAAAAAAAAAUAUGGAGUAUAUUGGUUUAGUGUUU